UUUCAACAAGACUCGCGUCCCAAAGACGUCCCCCCAUUUUGAACCGAUUGCCAUCAAGCUGGGAUGCUCCAGAGCUGCUCCAGCUAUCCGGAGCAAUAGAAAGCACAAAGUCUUCCCAACUCGACCAUGGGCCUCGUAGCAACAUGGUUGACCGGCUGUGGUCUCUCUCAUGCAAUUCCGAAUUUCACAGCUGCAGGCAUCGUGACGCCUGCAGCAUUGGCCGAGCUUGACUUGGCCCACUACGAGGCCUUGGGUAUCUCUUCUCCUGAAGACAGACGGAAAAUCUUCUAUCUAGUUCAACGCGUCAAAUUAGCGGUGGAGAAGGAGCGCAAGGAGUCCGCUAAUUCCCAACCCGCUUCUCUUGAAGAGCAAAUGGAUGCAUUGAUCGAGUCAACAACUUUGUCGCCUACCGCAACUGGAACUGCCAAUCCAAACAAAGAGAAUUUCAGUUCUCUAGGUGAAAAUGUCACUGAGAAACAUGAGGUUGCUAGAAAGCCUACUUCGAUGUCGAAAAGGACUCAAUCACCAAAGAGGGCCAGCCCAGUCAAAAAGAAGUCAACUCCAUCCAAAAUUCCAGCGCCAUCUCCAAAGCGAGGCAGUCCUUCUUCCAAGCCUUCACCAUCCAACACGCGUUCAGCCUCAUCACCAACAGAAAAAACAACCCACAGUCCAGAGACAAGCGAUCGCAAUGAUGCCUCAGAAUUAGACGAAAGCAACUGGGGAGAUGGAGAAGAGAGUGAAUGUGCAGAUGACGAAGCAUCCAUCCCCAUACAAUCAACAUUUCGUCGCAGCAAAAGGUUGGCCGAAAAAGGAGCACCAGGAACCAGCAAUGUCGCUAGGGCAACUGCUGCUAGCACUCAGAAAAAUGGAGUUGCAUCUGGCUUCAAGACGCCACAACCAAAAGCAAAGGCGACAGGUUCACUUACAAAGCCAUCGUCGACUCGUAGAACCGAAUCAAAGCUACAAAAUCCCUCCAAGUCUAUGAGAACCGGAAAACAGCUCAGCACUAUCCCUGCAGAUUCGAUUCUUCCAAUGUCGCCGCUGACAACCAUGCCUCCGCCACAACUGGACGAAAAAUCAGAUCAUGCCAAGGAUGGCAUCUCCGGUAGAAACGGAAAAUCGAAAUCUCGUCGAUCCACAAGUGGCUCCGUUUCGGAUACCAGUGACUCCGAAAGUAGCGUGGGUGGCAGGACUCGAUCAAGGAACCGCCGUUCCAGUCUGCAAGGCAAACACUUGGGCCGUAGAACCAAUGGCAACACGUCUGAUUCCGACUCUUCGGCUUCUCGCAACAGGAGGAAAACAAUUGGGCGCAUUCAGGCCCCCAAGACUACUACAAAGAACAACGUAACCAAAGAGAGAGCUUCUGUUGGGACCUCACAAUCGACCACAAAGAAGGGCACUAAGUUUGGCGGUGCCAAACCAAAGAAGGUAAUUCAUGGGAGGGGUGAAUCCGUCUCCUGGAAAAAGCAAAUCGAUGCACUUCGACAAGAGAUUGCAUUGGAGCAUGAAUUGUUUUCGGAAGAGGUGUUUCACGACGACGAUGAUGGCGAUGAUAUGAUUCGAGUCAUUGUACGAAAACGACCCUUCCACCAGGACAAGCCUUCGGAUAUCGACGUCAUCCAUCCGCUAGAAUACGGUUGUUAUGGAAAAAUGUUGGUUUAUCAACCAAUCACGAGGGUAGACUUGACGAAAGAAAUUUCCAAGAUACCCUUUGCAUAUGAUGGUGUGUUUGGAGAAGAAUACAACAAUUUGCAGAUUUAUAACAAGGCUGUUCGUAGUUUGAUCCCUGUCGUCCUCGAGGGACAGCACUCGACAGUGUUUGCCUUUGGUUGCACCGGAUCCGGAAAGACGCACACUAUGAUGGGAUCCAAUUUCACCGGCAAGAGAAUUGUAGAGGAGGAAAACAUGGGGCUGUACUACAUGGCAGCCAUGGAUGUCUUUCGUAGUCUGGAGGAAUUCGAGUACAGCCAUUUGUCUGUCGGCGUAUCUCUUUUUGAGAUUUACGGGGGCAAGCUGUUUGAUCUGCUCAACGACAGAAAGAUGGUCAAAUGUUUGGAAGAUCACAAAGGAUGCGUUCAGUUUCCUGGACUGAGCGAGCACCGGAUUGAAGACCCUGGCGAGCUCAUCGAAUUGAUUGAACUUGGCGCACAGUCCAGGUCAACAGGCACAACGUCCAGGAAUUCUGAUAGUUCUCGCAGCCACGCGGUUCUUCAACUCCACUUGAGGAAGUCCGUGGGCCGCAAGCAAAAUGUAGAACACGGACGAUUGACUUUCAUCGAUCUUGCUGGUUCGGAGAGAGGUGCCGACACUGCGAAUUACUCGCGGGCUACGCGCUUAGAAGGAGCCGAGAUCAACACUUCCCUCCUCGCCUUGAAAGAGGUGAUUCGGGCACGGGCCCGUGGCGGAAGCAUGACUCACGUGCCAUUUCGAGGAAGCAAGCUUACGCAAGUUCUAAAGGAAAGCUUCGUGGGUGAAAACUCGCGAUGCUUAAUGAUUGCUUGCAUUGCCCCCGAUAUGGAGAGCUGCGAACAAACAUUGAAUACAUUGCGCUAUGCCGAUCGAGUGAAAGAGCGCAAUGCUGGUACGGGUGCCCUGCCGUCAAGGUUCAAGCGAGGGGGCAGAAGACGCACCAAUGCCAUGCGAUCGACAGCGUCUUUAUCCUCCAUCGUCUCCAUGUCGGAUCAAUCAGUGAGUCGCACCCAGAAAACUAAGAAAGAGACGCCCAAACAGGAGGAGGAGGAGGAAUCAGCAUCCGACCACAAAUCAAGUAACAAAGAAAGCGGCCCUGAAAUCACCCGUUCCAAUACCAAUCGACGCAAUUUCACAAACGAAUGCCCACCGACCAUCGCAGCGUCUGUGUCUGAAGAUGACACCGAUGCCUUGCUCGCGGCUGUGCUGUCCGAAGACCCCACGUAUCUCGUGCCUGACAACGAAGCCUCACAGACAAACGGCUUGGUAGAAGAACUGGUUGAAACUCACGAGAGUUUCUUGACGACUGUUCUUAAGAUGGUGAAUGAUGAGAUCGAGGUUGUGAUCGCUCUGAAGGCAGACUUGCAGAACGUGAGCACAUACAGUCUACAAUUGGAUUCGCAACUACAAAAUCAAUCCUCGUUGAUAAGUGACCUGAGGGAAUGCUUUGAAACCUAUGAGUCCAUCAAAGCCACCGAGUUGGGAUCACAGCUGCAAAAGCACCGGACUGUUUUGACAAAGCUGCUGGAAAUCGUAAGGGACGAGCAACUGCUCGCGAGUGUCCUCAAUGAUAGCAUUGGCGUGAUCGACCAGAUUGAGUCACUGCAGGACGAAAAGAUAUCGCAGAUAUCAGAGCUGCAAGAGGUGAGUCGAGUCAAAAUGUCGUGGGAAACUCAACUUUAUUCGCACGACACUGCGAGUGACGAGUCGAGUCCUCAGUCGUUCCUCAACGGUUCCUCUAUUAUUCUCCAGUGUUUCUCUGCUAAGAGCAAGGCAAUUCCAGCAGCAGAGUCGAAAGAGCCCGAACUCCUCCUUGCGGAGAGCUUCCAAGCAGACAGCGACGAGAUCUCUAUAGGAUCGUUUGAAGAUCUCCGAGACGGCGAUGCGUCGAGUAGUGGUGGGGGCGUGUCAUGUUGAAGCCAUAGAUUGAGUAAAGAAAUAGCACUGAAAAUUAACUGUG